AUGAUGCAUCUAAGUUCAUUUUUUACUGUUGUUGUAAUUGCCCUAGUGUUUUCAUUUAAAUCUGCUGCAGUUGAUACUAAUUUAAGCUUUGUUCAAUGUCUUUGUACUUAUUCACACAACUCCAGUUCAAUCUCUAAGGUUGUGUACACCAAAACCAACUCCUCCUAUUCAUCUAUACUGCACAUUUCCAUUCAAAACCUCAGAUUCGCAUCCAACAAAACUCCAAAACCUCUUGUCAUUAUCACACCUCAGGAAGUUUUCCACAUUCAAGCUGUCAUAAUCUGUUCCCAACGCCAUGGCUUGCAAGUCCGAAUUAGAAGUGGUGGCCAUGACUUUGAGGGUCUCUCCUAUGUUGCUAAAGUUCCAUAUGUAGUUAUUGAUCUCAUAAACUUUAGAGAAAUUGAAAUAAAUGUAAAAAAUAGCACUGCAUGGGUUCAAUCUGGGGCCACCGUUGGUGAACUUUACUAUAAAAUCAGUGAGAAAAGCAAAACUCUUGGGUUUCCAGCAGGUGCUUUCCCAACUGUAGGAGUUGGUGGGCAAUUUGGUGGUGGCGGGUAUGGAUUCUUGCUGCGUAAAUAUGGCCUGGCUGCUGACAAUGUAAUUGAUGCUCACAUAAUUGAUGUGGAAGGAAGGCUUCUUGACAGAGAAGGCAUGGGUGAGGAUUUGUUUUGGGCUAUUAGAGGGGGUGGAGGUGCAAGCUUUGGAGUCAUCCUUGCAUGGAAGAUAAAAUUAGUUCCAGUUCCACCAACUGUGACAGUGUUAAGAGCUUCCAGGACAUUGGAACAAAACGCAACCAAGCUUGUUCAUAGGUGGCAGCUUGUGGGAAGUAAACUAGAUGAGGACACAGGCCUCGGUAUUUUACUUCACAGGAUAAAUUCAAGCAAUAAUGGGGAGCCAACAAUAGAAGCCUUGUUCCAAGCCACAUAUCUUGGAGGCGUGGAUCAGUUCAUUGACUUGAUGCAAGAGAAGUUUCCAGAAUUGGGUUUGAAGAGAGAAGAGUGCGCUGAGAUGAGCUGGAUAGAAUCAGUCCUUUUUUUUGUGGGAUUUCAAAGGCGUGAACUUUUGUUGAACAGAAGUCAAACAAUAACGGAUUCAUUCAAGGCAAAAUCUGAUUUUGUGAGGACUCCCAUUCCUGAAGUUGCCUUAGAAGGGUUAUGGCAGUUGUUCUAUGAAGAUGGGGCACAAGGUGCAACGAUGAUUGUCUUUCCUUUCGGGGGCAUAAUGGAUAACAUUUCAGAGUCCGAAAUUCCAUUCCCUCACAGAUCAGGAAACUUGUAUUUAGUUCAGUACUCAGUGCAUUGGUUAGAAGAAGGGGAUGAGGUAGUACAAAAGCACAUAAGUUGGAUUAGGAGACUUUACAGUUAUAUGGAACCUUUCGUUUCAAACUCUCCUAGGGCUGCAUAUGCCAAUUAUAGAGACCUUGACAUUGGAGUAAAUAACAAAGGCUUCACAAGCUAUAACCAAGCCACCGUUUGGGGUUUCAAGUAUUUCAAAAACAACUUCAAAAGAUUGGCACAUGUCAAAACUAAGGUCGACCCUAGUAACUUCUUCAGGAACGAACAGAGCAUUCCUUCUCUUCUCCCUCAGGGACACAAGUAG